AUGGAUGAUAGAAUAUUGGUGCCAAACGAAAAAAUGUCUCUUUUGACCAGAGAGAAAUGUUCUAUCGGACAUGUUUAUCGUCGUUUUCUUUCUGAAUCGAAAUUCAAAUCGAACGUGAAAUCUUUACUCUCUACGAAAACAUUUGAUUAUUUGUCACGUGUUGAAACAGACAAUACCCUAGGUCACAAGUAUCUGGUCGAUUUCAAACGUCAUCGAAGCACUUGUUCAAUCGAUGGGUGUCUUUCUCGAGCACAACGAAAUUCAUUUUGUGCAAAACAUCUGCAAGCAUAUAUUCAGCCAACGGAGGCGAAACGAUUAAUGAAUAAGAAAACAUCUCAUCGAAAUUUUCCCACCAAAAAGCGUCUAGUCAUGAAAAAGAAAUCAACGCAACUCAAUCCGUGGUCUACAUCUACAUCUGCAGAAUCUGCCUCAACAAAUACCAAUAUCAAUGUUCAUCAAAUCAAACAGAUCUUCUCCAAGUUUCAUCACAAUCUAACUAAUGAAAUCGAUGAUGAUAUGAAAUCCGAAAAUUCAAUCGAAUACGAUUACACGAAUCCUAUACCAACACCCAUAAGCAAUCAUCACAAACAGCGACAUGUUUCUAUUGCAACCAUCUACUUGCAAGAAGAACAAUGGCAUCAAUUAGAAUUGUUUAUCAAACACUUUUCUUCGUAUGCUUCAUUGUCGAAUAAUAUGAAUAUUAAUUCUUCUACAACACAUUUGCUCGUCGAUGAUUCGUCCAAUCCACUUCGAUGUAUAUUCUCGAAAAAGAUCUUUCAAGCAGCUGCUCGACGCAUUUUCAUAGUUUCAAUCCGAUGGAUCGAAGAAUGUCUCUUACGAAAUGAAAUCGUCGACGAAACACGAUUCGAAAUUCACGGCGAUCAUUCCAUGUCUACGAUGCAUUUAGCUCGUCGUUGUUCAACGCUACCACUAUUCAGUCCCGCCAUCGGAUUCGUGAUUAAUUGUGCAUCGUUUCAACGGACAAUAACACGAAAUGAAUUAGCUGAGUUAGCCGUUCUUAGCGGAGCAACGGUAUUCGAGCGGGAACAACAUCAAGUAACUAAAUCACAAGUCAAACUUCUAAUUGUGCUCGUUGAUCCAAAUGCUGAUCGAUCUCGAUUGGAAAAUCAAUAUCGAUCAUGGCGUCACAAUGUAAAAUUUCUUACGCCAGGGUACUUGUUGAAAUCUAUCAUCUAUCAAAAGCAACAACCAUAUGAAGAUUUUGAACUACUUUAG